UUUGCGGAAGCUUUGUAUUAUAGUAAAAUGGUUGUGAUAUUAUUACUUUCAUAUACAUAAAAUAUGCAUAACAUUUAAAACCAAUCGUGCUGAUAUGAUAGUGUGAAGUACCUAAAUAAAAAGUGGCAAGUUUGUGUAAAAAUGAAGGCAGCAGCUAUGUCAGUGUGGGUUUUCAUUAACCUUAUCUGUUUUGGCAUGUGUGGAUACUUAUAUUUGAUAUGGUCGCAGUAUUGGAUGUACAUAACAAAACAAAAACUAUAUAAUAAGGCCCCAGGAAGCCCGCAGAAAGCGAGCCCAAUGUUGAAUUUUCAGGACAAAUACGGAGAACAGUAUAAAGUUUCUACAAAUUAUUCUAGUUUGAGAUUAGAGCCAAAUAGAAAGAAUCGGAGAUCGGCCAUAGCUGGGUUCUGGAGCAGCCAGCAGGUGACUCAGUCGUCGAUAAAGCUGGCCGGAGCCGUCAUUAGACCGUCCAAUAACGUGGUGAGGAAAAGCAAAGGUAGCCCUCGAUUUCCGAACAUACACACACCUAUCUUAGAGUUCGACAGCGACAGGUAUAUUUGCGACGAAUUGGACUCUUCGGAAUGCGAAGCACAGACAAGAGAGUUCAAGGAGUUGCUGCUCAAAGAAUUCCACAGGGUUUUGAUGGGAGAUAGCAAAGUAUUCAAGUCUGGUUUGGAAUCGCAUAACUCGUAUAAUGUUAAGUAUAAAGGUGACCAUAGAAAGGAAGUGACUAAACAAGAAGUGUUGUGUGGUUUGAAGAGAGUGCAGGUGCGGACGGUGACUCAAGAUGAUGAACCUUUCCACCGUCUAGGAUUCAAAAUACCUAAGUCUCCCUUGCAACAGUCUCGGGCUUUUAACACUUGCGCAGUUGUGACCAGCGCAGGAGCACUUUUGGGCUCACGUUUAGGGGAAUUCAUAGAUUCUCAUGAUAUGGUGGUACGAUUUAACAAUGCGCCGACAUUAAACUAUACAGAAGACGUUGGAUCUAAAACAACAUUCAGGAUUCUAAAUUCUCAGGUUGUGACCAAACCAGAAUUUAAAUUUCUGGAAGACCAAAUUUAUAAAGAUAUAUCGAUGUUAAUAUGGGAUCCUGCCAAUUUCUCCUCAUCAUUAGAAGACUGGUACCGUCAACCUGAUUUUCCACUUUUUCCAGUUUAUAAAAGACUUCUUGAAGAGAGACCGGGCGCAGACGUCCACCUGCUUCGACCGCAAGUGCUGUGGGAGCUGUGGGCAGUUCUUCAAGAUGCUUCCUCCUACCGACUCCGUAGAAAUCCUCCGUCUUCAGGGUUUAUAGGUAUAUGGCUGUCCCUGCAACGUUGCAAGCGGGUUCGUGUGUUUGAGUACGUGCCGUCGGUCCGUGCCACCCGCCGCUGCCACUACCACGUGGCGCGCGACGACACGGCCUGCACGCUGGGCGCGUGGCACCCCCUCGCGCAGGAGAAGGCUCUCGCCGAACGCAUCAGGGAUAACUCCGACAUAGACGUUUUCCAGAGAGGCUAUAUUGACAUUCCCGGUCUCAGUAACGUUGAUUGCUAAUUCCUACCUACUUAGUAACUAACUAAACACGGUACCUAUAAAAACUUAAAGAUAAGUCCUCAUGACUCACUGAGAGCUAACCGAUGGUGAAUCAUUCUCUUUUAGCCAGCUGACGUUGUAUAUUCAAUCUACCUAUGUUUAAAACCUAACGCUCAAAUUUUACAAAGACAAUUUUAAAUAAAUACAUUGUUCAACUAUUCUUAUAAUUUAAAAAAUUAUGAAAGUUAAAGUGUUUCAAGCCUAAAAACGAGACUAAUAACGGGAUAGAUAUUGAAAUAUGUAGUAGAAUUCUAGUUUAUGUACAAGCUGAUGUCUUCCUAUUAUUAGAUUUAGGGAAGGUGAAAAAAACGGUGAAAAUAGACCUAAAUUGUGUCGUACAAUAACUAGCAUAGAUGUAAUUAUAAGCACAUUACAAAUAAUUAAAAUGUUUCAUUUCGGGACACACACAGCGUUUAUGUUAUCGUGCCGGAACAAACAUUUAUUUGUCACUUUAUGUGAUUCAGGUAAGGCCAUGUCGGCCAUGAGAUGCCCUUGUGCCUUAUAUUUUUAGCGUUUUGCUACUGAUGGUCAGCGUCUGCUGUUUGAAUACAGAUGGGUGUGCGCGGACGGAUCGAUUAGCGAUUCUGCGCGGGCGCACGGAAUCAGCCCAUCCGAGAUGUAUCUAUGUGUGAUGUGCUCCCAUGCUUCCGUCUUCGCGUUUCUCACAUCAUCUACAUACUAUACGCCGUGCUCCACAUAAUAAGAUCACAUACUAUUUAUUGGGCACAAUUAACAUUCACUGUACGGAUAGUAUUUCUGAUGGUC